AUGCUGAACGAGCUGAAGGAGCUGCUGGAGGCCGCCAUCCCUCCUUCUCUCAUACCCGCCUCCCCUCUCUCCUCCCCUCCGUCAUACUCUCAUCCCGUCCUCCCCUCUAUCAGCCCAUCCCUCCAUCUCUCAUCCCCUCCUCCUUCCUUCUCUCAUCCCCUCCUCCCAUCGCACGUCCCCCUUUCCCAUCUCUCAUACCCUCCUCCCAUCUCCCAUUCCCCCCCUCCUUCUCUCAUACCCGCCUCUCCUGGCUCCUCCCCUCCGUCAUUCUCUCAUCCCGUCCUCCCCUCUAUCAUCACAUCACUCCUUCUCUCAUCCCCUCCCUCCCAAACUCAUCCCCUCCCUCCCCUACGCAUCCCCUCCUCCCAUUGCUCCUCCCCCCUUCCCAUUGCUCAUCCCCUCCUCAAUUCUCUCAUCUCCACCCUCAUUCUCUCAUCCCCGCCUCCCCUCCCUCCUCCCAUCUUACCUUCUCUCAUUCCCUCCUCCCCUCUCUCAUCCCCUCCUCCCCUCUUUCAGACCAUCCUCCUUCUCUCAUCCCGGCUGUCCUUCACUCGUCCCCUCCUUCCUUCUCUCAUUCCCUCCUCCCAUCGCUCCACCCCAGUUCCUUCUCUCAUCCCCUCCUCCCAUCCCACCUUCUCGCAUCCCCUUCCUCCUUCUCUCAUCCCCGCCUCCCCUCGAUCCGCCCCUCCGUCCUUCUCUCAUCCCGUCCCUCCCUCACUCAACCCCUCCGUCCCUCGCUCAUCCCCUCAUCGCCUCUCCCAUCCCCUCCUCUCCUAUCUCAUCCAAUCCGGAGCCUAUCUCAUUCCCUCCUCUCCUCUCCUCCUCCCCUGUCUCUUCCCCUCCUCCCCUCUCUCAUCCCCUCAUUCCCUCUAUUAUUUCCUCCUCACCUCGCAUUCCCCCCCACUUUCCAUUUCUCAUCCCGUCCUCACAUCUCUCAUGACCUCCCCCUUUUUCUCACCCCCGUCCCCCCCUCACUCAUCCCUCCCUCUCCUUUCUCAUUCCCUUCUUUCCUCUUUCAUCCAUUAUGAUCCCCCUCUAUCCUCUCAGGACCAUGUCCUCCUCCCUCUCAUCCCUCCCUCUCCACUAUCAUCUCGUCCUCCCCUCUCUCAUCCCUCCCGUCCCUCUCUCCUCCCGUCCCCCACUCACUCAUCCCUCCCUCUCCUUUCCCAUCCCGGACUCUCCUCUCUCAUCCCUCACUCUCAUCUCUCAUCCCUCACUCUCAUCUCUCAUCCCUCACUCUCAUCUCUCAUCCCGUCCUCCCCCUCUCAUCCGUCCAUCUAUCGUCCCUUCCUCCGCUCUCACGUCGUCUCCUCUCCUCUUUCAUCCCGUCCUCUCCUCUCCCAUCUCGUCCUCCCCUCUCUCAUCCCUCCCUCAUCCCUCGCCACGCCACGAUGUAAUCGCACCUCCCCUUCCGAGCAAAGUCGCACCGCCACUAUCCCCCAAGUCGCACUUCCCCUUCCACCUAACUCGCACUUCAACUUCCCCACAGGGCGCUCCUCCCCUUUACCCCAGGUCGCCAUUCUAAACCCCCCCAAGUGUCCUUGUCAUGUCCCCCCGUGUCCUCCUCUCCCGCCGUGUCCUCCUCUCCCCCCGUGUCCUCCUCUCCCCCCGUGUCCUCCUCUCUCCCCCUUGUCCUCCUCUCUCCCCAGUGCCCUCCCUUCUCCCUUCUCUUUCCCUCAUGUACCAUCCUCCUUUCCCUUAUUUCCCCUCUCCAACCCCUCAUUUCCUACCCUCUUUCCCUCUGUUUCCCCCUUUUCUUCCCCGUUGCUCUAG